AUGAGUUUGGAAGGAGUCAUUGUUGAGUCGUUGACCAGAAAAGUAGGAGCUGAACAUGGAGUUGAGGUGCAUGUUGAGCGGGCUAUAUAUGCAGAACUACCGACUAUCAGGACAAUUGGGGCGUGCCAACAAGGAGAAGAUCAAUUAGAUCUUACUCUGGGGUACCUUGACCUUGACUAUGCCAUUCGUAAUGAUGAACCCGCUGCUAUUACUACGAACUCUACUGCAGAACAGAAAGCAGCAUUUGAGAAGUGGGACAAGGCGAAUCGGUUAUCACUUAUGACGGUCAAGAACUCUAUUCCCCUUGGUCUUCGAGGAGCUAUCCCUGAGUCUGACAAAGUCAAAGAUUACCUCAAAUCUGUUGAGGAUUACUUCAAGGGAUCGUCUAAAGCGCAUGCAAGCAGCUUAAUGCUAAAGAUGCUUACUCUGAAAUAUGAUGGAAGUAACGGUGUCCGUGAAGACAUAAUGAAAAUGAGUGACAUGGCGAACAAGCUUAAGACUCUCGAAAUGGAAGUCUCUGAUAAUUUUCUUGUGCAUUUCAUAAUGACAUCAUUGCCUGCUUGA